UUGGAGUUCCACUUCUUUUUCUUUGUAUUUAUGUAUAGUUACUUUAACCUAACAGAUCUGAUUAAGCUAUGAUUUUUAUGUGAAAAACUCCUCUUGGGUAAUGUAUAUUAAAGUACAGUUUCAUUUAACAUUGGCCAAGUUUGAUACAAGAAAAUGGCCUCAUAAGACUGAAACAAAUAGUUACUGGAACAACCCCUAAACCCCUAAAGGACAGGAACAUUCCUCAUGGACACUCCUCCAACCUGGGCUGGUUUUCACAAUUCAGUGAAAAUAGGUCAUGUUCCAUCAAUUUCUCAACUCUGCUUUGACCAACUACUUAAAAUGUAAUAGCAUCACACUUAUCAAUUCUUCCUCUUCAAUCUUCUGCCACCGUGAACUUUGGAAAAUUUGAAAUUAAGGCCACAAAAUGCAGGUCAACUAUAGAAGCCACCUGCCUCUACAUUGCAUCAACCAUAGACACCAUCCACCCUAUAAGGGUUAAACCAGUAAAGUGCCUGGAAGGCGAUUGACGAGCGAAGCUGUCAGUAAUGAAACAGUGGAAGCACCCUGCAGAUUGUGCACUUGACUAAUAUUCAGAUCACUCUAGCAAAAAACAUUGCAAGAGUCGAAUGGUUGUGCUAUGUACUGUUGGAUAGGAAAUUUCAUUUUGUGUUUAUUGGUGUCCACUUUUGUUGAGACAAACAAAAGUUGAUGAAAACCUGCAAAAACUGAAGUUUGGUUUACAAAAUCACAAUUUUGACACACUUCUACUUUUUACAAGUUACCCUUUGACUUCAGCCAAUAGAAGAGAUGAAAGCUAUAUUAUGUAAAAUUGAUAGAGUUGUGCUGUCAUAUGGUGCAAAUUUUGUUACAAUCGGCUAUGUUGUUGAAGAGAUAUUAGUGUUUGAAUAGUGUUAUAGUUGAGCUGGGCUGGAUCAGGCAGCUCAAAAUGAAACAACAAUCUCCUUAGAAAACUUUGCUUUUGCCUGUAAUAAAAGAAUUGAUUUAUAUAAAAAAUCUGAUGUAAAUCAAAUAAAUAGAUUUUUUAUUUUAUUCGUUUUAAAUCAUGAUUUUAUUCAACUCUUGUACAAAUAUGUUUUGUUACUUUUGUUAUGUUAGUUUUAAUUGCAAUGUUGCUUUCAAGGGACAAGAAUGUACAGCAAGAACUUGCAGAACUCGGACAGAAGUGAAUUACCGGAUCUGAACACCUGAGUAGGUAAAGAAGCACAGCUGCACAAGCAAAGAAGAAACACUACUACCAUGAAUGCCCAAGACUUGUAUGACAAUGUGCUGCAGGGAAGAGAGCCCCAAGAGUGACACCACCAUUGAUGAGAAACCUGAGGACAACCUCUGGCUACAACUGGGCUUUACUGUGGACUCUGAGACAGGUGAGCAUUUACUGUCUCCUAAGAAAAACAUCAGCGGAGGAGACGUGACCCUUGACUCUGUGUCUCAUCUUAACUCUCCGUCCUUCACCCUCAAUGAGACAGUACCAGACUUCAAUCUUGACUUCAACCUUGAUGAAGCCUUGAAAUUUGUUGGACUGAACUGCUCUGAGACUGGGGAAACUGUCUGGAAGCCCUCAGAGCCUGAACCCACCUCUGACAACAAGGAAAGCCCUGGUAAGGAGGAGGAGGACAGCGAGGACAGCUUAGACACCUUGAACGACACCCUGGACGAUAUGAUCCAGGCCUCCCAGCUUCAUCCUCAACACCCGUGCUCACUACAGGCACCACGGGUGAAAACAUGGAGGUGGACAACAGUGUGGAGAUCCCUCUCAACAAGGCUACCAUCCUGCAGGGACACCAGAGUGAGGUGUUCAUCUGUGCCUGGAACCCAACCACUGACCUUGCCUCAGGGUCAGGAGACAGCAUGGCCCGCAUCUGAAACAUGAAUGACAGCACCACCUCCCUGAACCAGCUUGUUCUGCAGCACUGCAUUCAGAAAGGAGGCACUGAGAGGUUCCCAGUAACAAAGAUGUCACUUCCUUAGACUGGAAUUGUGACGGCACCUUGCUCAUCACAGGAUCUUACGACGGUUACACCAGAGUUUGGAUGACAGACGGCCGACUAGCCUCCAACUUCGGCCAGCACAAGGGUCCCGUAUUUGCCCUUAAGUGGAACAAAAAGGGCAACUACUUC